UGCAAUUUGUGGUGAAGGUUUUCAUAGGGACUGAAUUUUAUAACAUUAAACAAAUAAUAAUAGUCAGGUCCUGGCGAAUGUGUCUGACCUAGAAAAAAUCUGGUUCAAGAUGCUUUUAAAUUCAGACCAGGUUGCCUUCAUAGGGCAGGUGUUUGAAUCCUAUGUGAUUGAACAUCACAAAAGCAAUGUCCUCCAGAUUCUACAGGAACCUGAUGACGAUGCGCACUAUGCAGUUGUGGUGAAUGCUAUGACCCUUUUUGAGACCAACAUGGAGGUUGGGGAAUACUUCAAUGCUUAUCCUAAUGAGGUGCUCCCUGUUUUUGAUAAUGGUUUACGUAGAGCUGCCAUGACUGUUUUGCAGUCAGUUUCCCAGCAAAGUGGCCACACAAUGAAACAAAAUCUCCAUGCUAGAAUAUCAGCUUUGCCGGUUUGCCCUGAACUGACGAGGGAGCAAAUACCUAAAUCCAGAGACGUAGGGCACUUCCUGUCCGUCACUGGAACAGUCAUACGCACUGGCAUGACGAAGGUGCUGGAGUUUGAGCGGGACUACAUGUGUAACAAGUGCAAGCAUGUCUUCUGCGUGAAAGCAGACUUCGAACAGUAUUACACUUUCAGCCGGCCUGUGUACUGCCCCAAUGAGGAAGGCUGCAACUCCUUUAAGUUCACCUGCCUGUCGGCAAGCUCUUCCACACCUGCUACCUGCAGGGAUUACCAGGAAAUCAAGAUUCAAGAGCAGGUUCAGAGGCUGUCUGUGGGAAGUAUUCCACGGUCUAUGAUAGUAGUACUGGAAGAUGAUUUAGUGGACAGUUGCAAAUCUGGAGAUGAUGUUACAGUGUAUGGCGUUGUGAUGCAGAGAUGGAAGCCCCUCUAUCAAGAUGCCCGCUGUAACCUGGAGAUAGUUUUAAAAGCCAACUUUAUUGAAGUUAAUAAUGAACAGCCUACGGGUGUGGUGAUUAAUGAGGAAGUUCAGAAAGAAUACGAAGAUUUCUGGGAUAAAUACAAAAAUAAUCCUUUAGCAGGUAGGAAUAAAAUUCUGAUGAGCCUAUGUCCCCAGGUUUUUGGCAUGUAUGUUGUGAAGCUUGCUGUCGCCAUGGUGUUGGCAGGAGGUGUACAAAGAAUUGAUGCAUCUGGAAGUAAGGUCAGAGGUGAGUCCCACCUUUUACUAGUGGGAGACCCCGGAACUGGAAAAUCUCAGUUUUUGAAAUAUGCUGCAAAAAUUACUCCUCGGUCAGUCCUUACUGCAGGAAUUGGAUCCACUAGUGCAGGGUUGACUGUUACUGCAGUAAAGGAAUCUGGAGAGUGGAGUUUGGAGGCUGGUGCUUUGGUGCUGUCUGAUGGAGGGCUGUGUUGUAUAGAUGAGUUCAACAGCAUCAAGGAACACGAUAGGACCAGCAUUCAUGAAGCCAUGGAGCAGCAGACAAUCAGUGUAGCCAAGGCUGGUAUAGUGUGCAAGCUAAACACAAGGACCACCAUCUUGGCAGCAACUAACCCCAAAGGCCAGUAUGACUCCAAUGUGUCUGUAUCUGUAAAUGUAGCCCUUGGCAGCCCACUGCUCAGCCGCUUUGACUUGGUCCUGGUGUUGCUGGACACUAAGAAUGAGGAGUGGGACCAUAUCAUCUCCUCCUUUAUACUGGAAAACAAAGGUGCUCCCAGUGUAUCUGCGAAAUUGUGGAGCAUGGAGAAGAUGAAAACAUAUUUCUGUCUUAUUAAGGCCUUGAAGCCCAGAAUGUCUGAAGAAGCCAAUGCUAUCCUAAUUCGAUAUUAUCAGCUGCAGCGGCAGAGUGAUCUCAGAAAUGCUGCCAGAACCACUAUUCGCUUGCUAGAAAGCUUGAGUCGCUUAGCAGAAGCUCAUUCAAGGCUGAUGUUCAGGGACAUUGUGACAGUGGAAGAUGCAAUCGUUGUUGUUUCAGUCAUGGAGUGUUCAAUGCAGGGAGGUGCUCUUCUCGGUGGUGGGAAUGCAUUGCAUACUUCUUUUCCAGAGGACCCAUGUGAGCAGUAUAAAAUGCAAUGUGAGCUGCUUCUUGAAGGACUGGGGCUGCAACAUCUUCUCAGUAAUGAACUGGAACGCCUUAAUAAGUUACAGAGUAAUUGUGCUGGUCCUUCUAAACAAACAGAGGCUUCCGUGCAUGAAGGUGGAUUACAUGAUAAUUCAACUAUUCAAACAGUAAAACCAUCUGCAAAAGAAUCGGAGACAAACAGCAGCUGUGAACAUGGUCUGGAAUGGUUCAUCUCUUUGAAAAAUAGAACUGAGACAGAACCAAAUAUGCAUGUGUCACCAAUACAAAAGGUGCCAGAGGAGGGUUACAAUGAGAAAACUUCAACUGAAUUAGGUGAUUCACUUCAUAAUAACAAAAGCAUUCAGGAUCUGUCAAGUAGCAACUUGGCAGUAAGUGCAGCUGUAACUGAUACGUUGGCUGCACAAGAUAAACUGGCCAGCUCUGUUGUCAAAGAAACUAUUGCUUCAGAAAAGGACAGCAGUACAACAGCCAAAGAGUCUGUUGUAACAGUAAAGGGUUCUAAACAUCUACACAGUAAGAGAAAGAAAAAGAUCAAACAUCUUUGUCAGGAUACAGAAAGCUAUGAAAAGAACACUGAUUUAAAAUCAGACCAUUCUGGUUUAUUAGACCAAAGUCACAAUGGAUCAGACUAUCCCUCUUCUGCUGACAACAGGCUUUCACACAGCACACCUCUAAAAUGCAUGACUUUGGUGAGAAAAAAUAAGAAAGCCCAGGUUGACCACACUGCAGAUCCUCCUGCACCAGAUACUGACUUUCUACAGUCAAAACUGAGUUGUUUUGUGUUUAAACCAAGGGAGAGAUUAUCUUAUUCUGAUGAUUGUCAUAGUGUAUGUAAUAAGCGGGAUCAGUUAUUACAGAAACUAAAUGGUAAUGAUAUGGGUCAUGCUGACACCACUGAAUCAAGGGGAGACCAAGUGAAAAGCCACGCACCAAGCGACACCAGCAGAGGUGUAGUGUCCUCCACUGCAUUAGCAAAACUUGCUAAAUUUUCCUUCACGUCCCCCUCAGAGGAGAAGUCUGUUGACCAAACCGUUGUUAAAGCACAAGGGCAAGCACAGGUUCACAUGGGACAGAAUACAGACAGUACUGGUGGUUCUAGAAAAAGAAAAUCCUUUCAACUGGGUUUUACUGAUCCAAGAAAUACCACAUCAAGCAAAGCUCUGUUUUGCUCUUCACUGCUGGAUGAUGAAGCCUUAGAUGUUGAUUGGGAAGAAGAAUUCAGGAAAAAAUGAUAAUUUCAUCAGUGUGUGUUUGGAGUUUUAUGGCUGGAAGACUUUUUAUUUCUACUUCAGACCAAGAGGUACAUACCAAAAAAGUUAAUAAAAAUAUAAUUGCAGGAGCGGUGCUCUUGUAGUUACCUUUUUAUAAUUUUGGUUACCGAUGUUCAUAAUACACUCCUUGUGUUGAAGCUUGGGUUUUAAAAUCUUCAAUAUAGUAUGUACACUGAAUAUACUGUAUAUACUGAAUUGAAUUAUUCUUUAUCAAUUAUAGAAAAUCUAUUAUCUGUUGCUCUUAUGCCAUUUGUAUAGUGUUUUUUUUUUUUUUUCUAAGAAAAUUAUUAAAAUUAUUUUGGAUUAACAAUACUAUAAGUUCACAAGUAAUGAAGUGAAUGAUGUUGUAAUGCCAAUUUUACUUUUCUUUUUGGGUUCUUGACAAGCGUUAUAAUCAAUACAUUUAGUAAGCCUGUAAAGGAAAUAUCAUUUUGUAUACAAGCAUUUGAAGUAACUGAAUUUUUGUUGUAUUUUUUCCAUUUAAAAAAGAUUCUACAAACUGCUCAUAAAUCACAGUACUGUAUUUGUCAAGGUAGCCAAAUUCCCCCAAGAGACUAGGCUGUGUUUCUGCUUAAUGAGCUGAGCAUGGAGGUGCUGUCAAGGUCACAGAAAAGUCCCAAGGAGUUGUUCGCUGAGGCUUAUGGCAAGAAUGUAAUGUGUGUAGAACAGGGAUUUUCAUUAUAGGGUCAUUGGCUGCACUUUUUUAGCACAGGUAAGAAUGGCUUUUGCUUUUACUGACUAAUUCAUUUUGAGUAGUGACAGUUGAAGUAUGUUUAAAUAACUGAUUUAAAGUGUCAGAGAACUGCAAUAAAAGCUGAAAAUGCUACUUGGAAUUGUCAAACCAUGAGUUCUUACUUGCUGUUUUACCUUUCACAAAUGAAGUGUGGCAUUGAAUUCAUAAAAAUGAGCAUGAUUUGUAUAUCAGACUCUUUAAGCCUUCUAUUGACUAAUAAGAUUGUGAUCCUUCGUGACAUAUUUUCCUUUUUUUUUUUUAAACCUUUUUUAAUAGAGCAUACACUUUUACACAGUUAAGUAUUGAAUAUUCAAGGAACAAUAUUGUUACAUAGAGAGAAGAAUUACCCCCUGCCCUGAGUUAUUAAUACAGGAGACAUGGGUAAUAAAAAUGUUGUGAUCCACUUCUGUGCAUGAAGCAAGGGCCUUAUCAAUUAUGGAUGCAAAAUAUCAAUGUUAUUUGCUCCUAGCUCAAUCAUAUCUGGAAAAAGUCAUAUUUGCUGUACAUCCGAAUAUAACACUGCUGCCACUUUAUAUAUUGCAUCUUGUUUUCUGUAACUACUUAUGACCACUGGGAUGAUAAUGCCAAAAAAAGUACAAGGAUCUACCGUGGUUAGAAAAUGUUAGAUUUUUUUAAUUUUAUUUUUUAUAUGAUUUACACCUUUUUAAGUAGACCCUUGUUUUACAAAGGGUUUUGUUAAUUUUCAUUAUAUAGACCUCAGCUACGGUAUUCUGUCAGCUAUAUAUGUAUUUUUUGUUUUGCAUUAAACUCCAGCUUACAACUGAGACUACUGUUUGCCCAACGCUUUGUUUGAAAAA